GGAAGAGGCAGAAGGGUAUGUAUUUCAAUUGUCAUGUUGAAUACUUUAAUACUACACAUGAUGUUUCUCCUCCACUCUUCUUCAUCAGCUAUUCUAAAAUUUUCUGCUCUUGCACUUCUCUUUUAUGGAGGUUGCAAGGUGACCGUAGCUAAGAAUGCAACUUUUCCUGCGCUCAUUGUGUUCGGGGAUUCCAUUGCGGAUUCAGGGAAUAACAAUUAUCUCAGUACAAUAGUCAAGUGUGAUUUUCCACCGUAUGGAAGAGAUUUUCAGAAAGGAAAACCAACAGGAAGAUUUUGUAAUGGAAAGAUCCCAUCUGACGUCUCAGCUGAAUUCUAUGGCAUUAAGGAACUGUUACCACCUUAUCUUGACCCAAACCUACAGCUACAAGACCUCCUCACUGGAGUAAGUUUUGCCUCCGGUGGUGCCGGAUAUGAUCCUCUCACAGCUAAAAUUGUGCUCUUGGGUUCGUCUCGAACCAAGCUCCUGGGUUUGUCUCGAACCCAACUCCUGGGUUCCGCGACGAACCCCGCACCUGGGUUCGUCUCGGAACCUAGGGGAAGGGUUUGCGACGAACUCGCACCUGGGUUCAUCUCGGAACCCAGGGGAGGGGUUUGCGACGAACCCGCGCCUGGUUCGAGACAAACCAAGCUCCUGGGUUCGUCGCAGAGCCCAGGCGCUGGGUUCGUCGCAAACCCAGGCACUGGAUUUGUCUCGGAACCCAAGCGCGAGGUUCGCCGCGAACCCAGCUCCUGGGUUCGUCUUCGAACAGAAGCUGAAGGGGUUUUCGAUUUAGGGGGAAAGAAAAUAAGGAAGAAUACGUAUGUUUUAUCAUUGUCCGAUCAACUGGAGCUGUUCAAAAAAUACAAGGAGAAGAUAACGUCAGCAUUAGGAGGCGAACAAACUGUUACUUUUCUUUCAAAAGCCCUGUUCUUUGUCUGCUGCGGAAGUGAUGAUAUUGCUAAUACUUACUUUUCUACUCCACUCCGGAGCGCUCACUAUGACAUUGAUUCAUACACUGACUUAGCAGUCAACUAUGCAUCACAAUUCUUCCAGGAACUGUACGGGCUAGGAGCAAGGAGAGUUUUAGCUGCGGGGCUGCCGCCAAUUGGGUGCGUACCUUCACAAAGAACACUAGGUGGAGGGUUAACAAGAGGCUGUGCAAAUAAAUCAAACCAUGCAGCAUUGCUCUACAACUCCAAGCUCUCUGCCCAGAUGGAUUCUCUCAAGAACAGUCUUCCAGGCUUCAAAAUUGUCUAUGCAGAUGUCUACAACCCACUUCUAUCCAUCAUCCAAAACCCCAAACAAUAUGGGUUUGAAGAGGUGAGUAGAGGCUGUUGUGGCACAGGCAACAUAGAAGUGAGCAUACUGUGUAACCAUCCUAGCGAUGAGCAAACCUGCACAGAUGUGUCAAAAUUCGUGUUUUGGGACAGCUACCAUCCCUCGGAGAAGGCUUACAAGAUCCUUACCACUAUGAUCUUAAAUCAACACACCAAGGAACUUCUAUGAUCCAAGGAUUGCUGACAGUUACAAAUUUACAUAAGCAUUGUUCGAAAUGGAAGGAACCGUACAAGACUUACCUACAAAUACCAGAUAGCUAAUGCAUCAAAGACAUUCAGAAAGGAACUGUAUAAGAGUUACCCGUAGUCUACUAAAUAUACGGGUAACCAGUCCUAGACAAUAUUAUUGCAAGCCACCAUCAUGACCUUUGAAUCAAUAAUGCAGAUAUAU